AUGGACUGCGCCCUCUGCAAGGCGCCUCGAAAGGACAGUCGGCAAUUCUCCUCUGCGGAAAUAGUCCUCCAUCUCGAGCAUCUGGCUCGCAAUAGCGUCACGGCUGUGAACGAAAAGAACUUCGACAUGUACGACAAGGCCUGGUCAUACUUAGCCAGCACGCUAGUCAUCGAAUUUGCCCAUCCAACGUACAGAGAGCCACGGCGAAUGGCGCUCAAAGAGUAUCUGGAGUUACUGCAAUUGGAAACGGACCGCUGGCCGCAGUACCGUGCGACCAUUCUGGACCAGUCGACCACCGUGAACGAUGCCAAAGACGAGGCGAUUGUUUUCGAGAAUGCCGUUGUUGAAGGUGCGCCUCCAGGCGUCGCCACAAAGCUACUGAUAGUGCUGGACUUCAAGCUACGACUGGCUCCGAGGCUGGGUGAAGAGCCGUGGCGAUGCGUGAGCCUGCGAUCUGCUAUUGGAAUAUAG